AUGCAUUUCGCCGCGUCGGUAGCUACCCAGCUGCUGAACGACUUCCCGUCCGUCCGGUUCAGUCUCCUCGUCGGCAUCGGCGGCGGGGUUCCGGAUCUGGACCAGGGCGUCGAUAUCCGGCUUGGGGAUGUGGUGGUUAGUAGACCGGCGGGGAGAUAUGGCGGGGUGGUGCAGUUUGAUCGGGGCAAGGCGCUUGCGAGUGGGCGAUUCGAGCGGACGGGGGCGCUGCAGCGGCCGCCGGAUGUGCUGCUGGGUACGGUUGCCAGGCUGGAGGCGCUCCAUCGGAGGGUGGAUAGUGAGGUCCCGAGGUAUCUGCGGGAGAUGAUCGAAAGGUAUCCGAAGAUGAAAGAGGGGAAGUAUACCUACCAAGGAGCGGAGAAUGAUCGGCUCUUCCGGGCGGAGUCCGAACAUGCGGGUGGAAAGGACUGCCAUGGCUGCGAUCCGGGGGAGAUUGUUGAGCGUGAGCGCCGGCCCCAUCCCAGCCCGGUGGUGCAUUACGGGACGAUCGGAUCGUCGAAUGCUGUGGUCAAGGACGGCCGGUUGAGAGAUAUGAUCAGAGAUGAGCUGGAUGUCCAGUGUGUGGAGAUGGAGGCUGCCGGGUUGAUGGAGUCGUUCCCGUGUCUGGUUAUACGGGGCAUCUGCGAUUACGCGGAUUCGCAUAAGAACAAAAGAUGGCAGCCUUAUGCUGCUGCGACGGCGGCUGCGUAUGCAAAGGAGUUGCUGUCUUUCAUUCCACCGUUGGAAAGGAUGCCACGGGCCAGGGCGGAAAACAUCCAUGCUCCGCCGCGAGGCUAUACCAGGAUACUCGUGGGAAAUGCCGGGAAUGUCAUCAAUGGGCCUGUGUCUGGGGAUGUUGUCGCUGGAGACAAAGUCAAUGGGGACAAGAUACUGUGGGGUGAAAGGUGGUAA